AUGGGUGACUGGAGCUUUCUUGAAAAGUUGCUAGAUCAAGUUCAGGAGCACUCCACAGCAACAGGCAAAGUCUGGCUGGUGGUAUUGUUUGUAUUCCGUCUGCUAAUUCUGAGCCUAGCUGGGGAGUCAGUUUGGGGAGAUGAGCAAUCAGACUUUGUAUGCAACACUAAACAACCUGGCUGUCCAAAUGUUUGUUAUGAUAAAGCUUUUCCGAUUUCCCAUAUUCGCUACUGGGUACUACAAUUUCUUUUUGUCAGCACUCCAACUCUGUUCUACUUGGCCCAUGUUCUCUAUAUAUCUAGGAGAGAAGAAAAAUUAAGGAAUCAGGAAAAUGAAUAUACAUUUAUGGAAGGUAAAAUUCUACAAGAGGAUGAUGAAAAGAAACAUAGACAUGUCUUGGUUCAAGCAGAUGGAAGAGUCAAGAUUAGGGGGGCACUGAUGUGUACAUACAUAAUCAGUAUCAUCUUUAAAAGUAUACUUGAGGCUGGAUUCCUACUUGGUCAGUGGUAUCUCUAUGGCUUUGUGAUGACUUCAACCUAUGUGUGUGAAAGACCUCCAUGUCCUCACAAGGUGGACUGCUUUGUAUCCCGACCUAUGGAGAAAACCAUAUUCAUUAUGUUUAUGCUUGUGGUCUCCCUCAUCUCCUUGUUUCUCAGCUUACUAGAAUUGACUCUUCUUGUGAAGAAAUUACGUUGUCGAAAAAACAGAAACAACUCACCGGCAAAUUAUACAAGGGAAGAAUACAUGCAUCAAGAUAAGAUCUACAACUUAUCUAGUGCACCAGAACAAGAGAAAUCCUGUCUUUAUUUUCCUGUGGGCAGAGAGAAAUGUCCUAUUUACAAUAUGUCAGAUGAGGAAAACUGGGCCAACUACAAUACUGAGAAGGAGCUGGGUCUAAGGGUUGGAAACUACCCAACUCGUGAUGAUUCUACUAAUGGUUCUAAACUAUCAAGUAGUCACAUUUUGAAAAAGCAAUAUGUGUAAUUUUUAUAUAUAGACUUUACAAAUUAUGUAAAAAAAAAACAACAACAACAACAUUGUCCAGUGUAGAACAAAUAGGAGGAAAUAUAUCUCGCUGGCACGAAUCCCAAUAUUUUUCUGAAAAGCGCGCCUAAUGAAACUUAAAGACUGCAUGUUGGCUGUUUGAUGGACUCAUUUUCAUCCAAAAUGGUUAUUUAUUAAAUGUGACCCAUCCAUUAACAUGCUGAUGUGAAUCAAACAUAUUUCCAGCAAGAUUGGAGUUAAACCACAGGACUAGGUUUUAAACCUGGAAGUACAGUUUAUGUACGGCACUACACAGAGAAGAGACUAUACAUAUUAUCAUAUGUGGAUAGCGGAGAGGAUGUCACACCACUUCUGGUUUUAUUGGUAAUGUGCUCUUGGACAUGCAGGGAUUACAGCCAGCGCCACAUCACUUUCUGCCUUACCAGAAGUGCGGGACUUUCCCAACCGGAACAAGAGGUCACUGCCACACUACUGGCUUUAACGACUGUUCAAUACUGCUGCUUAUUGUCAUGUUCACACUCUUUUAUUUAGGAUUUACAGCAUUUAUGUAUUUAUCAUAUGGGCAUUUGGAGUGGUUUAUUGACUUUAUGUAUUCUAGAUUUAAAAACGCUUUGGCCAAUGGUGUGUUUGGACUACUACAAAAAACAGAGUGAGUUCUGUCAUGUUUGGCAGGGACUAUUUCUCACUAUUGGUUAUGUUCAGAGUCUCCAGGGACUUAUGUGUUUGAUUGACCCUAUUCUACUUGGCAAAUAAUAUAUCCGAUUAGCACAGUCAUGUCCAACCUGCGGCCCUCCAGCUG